AUGAAGGCGGGCAUCCACGCCACGUCCACUCCCUGUACGGAGGCAAGGGACGAGCUGGGUGAGAUUAAAAACAUCACCACCACACAGCCUUCCCUGGAGCUGGACGGGCUGGAAAAGUACACCAACUACAGCAUCCAGGUGUUGGCCUUCACCCGUGCAGGAGAUGGGGUCAGGAGUGAGCAGAUCUUCACCCGGACCAAAGAGGAUGUUCCAGGUCCUCCCGCGGGCGUGAAGGCAGCGGCGGCCUCAGCCUCCAUGGUCUUUGUGUCCUGGCUUCCCCCUCUCAAGCUGAACGGCAUCAUCCGAAAGUACACUGUAUUCUGCUCCCACCCCUAUCCCACAGUGAUCAGCGAGUUUGAGGCCUCCCCUGACUCAUUUUCCUACAGAAUUCCCAACCUGAGUAGGAAUCGUCAGUACAGCGUCUGGGUGGUGGCCGUGACUUCAGCUGGAAGAGGCAACAGCAGUGAAAUCAUCACAGUCGAGCCAUUAGCAAAAGCUCCUGCACGAAUCCUGACCUUCAGUGGGACAGUGACUACGCCAUGGAUGAAAGACAUUGUCUUGCCUUGUAAGGCUGUUGGAGACCCUUCUCCUGCGGUCAAAUGGAUGAAAGACAGUAACGGGACACCCAGUCUAGUAACGAUUGAUGGGCGGAGGAGCAUCUUUAGCAACGGAAGCUUCAUUAUUCGCACGGUGAAAGCAGAAGACUCUGGCUAUUAUAGCUGCAUCGCCAAUAACAACUGGGGAUCCGAUGAAAUUAUUUUAAACUUACAAGUACAAGUUCCACCAGAUCAGCCUCGCCUUACAGUCUCCAAGACCACGUCUUCCUCCAUCACCCUUUCUUGGCUCCCUGGAGACAACGGGGGCAGCUCUAUCAGAGGGUACAUACUGCAGUAUUCUGAAGACAACAGUGAGCAAUGGGGGAGCUUUCCGAUCAGCCCCAGCGAGCGCUCCUACCGCUUGGAAAAUCUGAAAUGUGGGACUUGGUAUAAGUUCACACUUACAGCCCAAAAUGGAGUGGGUCCAGGGCGCAUAAGUGAAAUCAUAGAAGCAAAGACCUUAGGAAAAGAGCCCCAGUUCUCAAAGGAGCAGGAGCUGUUCGCCAGCAUCAACACCACGCGCGUGAGGCUGAACCUCAUCGGCUGGAAUGAUGGUGGCUGCCCCAUCACCUCCUUCACACUGGAGUACAGGCCCUUCGGGACCACGGUGUGGACCACAGCUCAGAGGACCUCUCUCUCCAAGUCCUAUAUCCUGUAUGACCUGCAGGAAGCCACGUGGUAUGAGCUGCAGAUGCGGGUGUGCAACAGCGCCGGCUGUGCGGAGAAGCAGGCCAACUUCGCCACGCUGAACUACGACGGCAGUACAAUUCCUCCACUCAUUAAGUCAGUUGUCCAAAGUGAAGAAGGGCUGACGACCAACGAGGGGCUGAAGAUGCUAGUGACCAUCUCCUGUAUCCUGGUGGGAGUUCUGCUGCUGUUCGUGCUCCUGCUGGUUGUGCGGAGGAGGCGGCGGGAGCAGAGGCUGAAAAGGCUGCGAGAUGCAAAGAGUUUAGCUGAAAUGCUCAUGAGUAAGAAUACCCGGACUUCAGAUACCUUAAGCAAGCAACAGCAGACCCUGCGAAUGCAUAUUGACAUACCCAGGGCUCAACUUUUGAUUGAAGAGAGAGACACGAUGGAGACCAUCGAUGAUCGCUCCACGGUUCUGUUGACGGAUGCUGACUUUGGAGAGGCAGCUAAGCAGAAGUCCCUGACGGUCACUCACACGGUCCAUUACCAAUCGGUGUCUCAGGCCACUGGGCCCUUAGUGGAUGUUUCAGAUGCUCGGCCGGGAACGAAUCCCACCACCAGGAGGAACGCCAAGGCUGGGCCCACGUCGAGAAACCGCUACGCCAGCCAGUGGACCCUCAACCGACCCCACCCCACCAUCUCAGCACACACCCUCACCACAGACUGGAGGCUGCCAACACCCAGGGCUGCAGGAUCGGUAGACAAAGAGAGUGACAGUUACAGUGUCAGCCCCUCGCAAGAUACAGAUCGAGCAAGAAGCAGCAUGGUCUCCACAGAAAGUGCCUCCUCCACUUACGAAGAACUGGCCAGGGCCUAUGAACAUGCCAAGAUGGAAGAGCAACUGAGGCAUGCCAAGUUCACCAUCACAGAGUGCUUCAUAUCAGACACGUCAUCGGAACAGUUGACGGCAGGGACAAAUGAGUACACGGACAGUCUGACCUCCAGCACCCCUUCCGAAUCGGGAAUCUGCAGGUUCACUGCAUCUCCCCCCAAACCUCAGGAUGGAGGACGAGUGAUGAAUAUGGCAGUUCCAAAGGCACAUCGGCCAGGUGACCUCAUACAUUUGCCUCCAUACCUUAGAAUGGACUUUUUGUUAAACCGAGGUGGUCCAGGCACCAGCAGGGACCUGAGCUUAGGACAAGCGUGCUUGGAACCUCAGAAAAGCCGGACCCUGAAGCGCCCCACGGUCCUGGAGCCCAUCCCGAUGGAAGCCGCCUCCUCCGCCUCCUCCACGAGAGAAGGACAGUCGUGGCAGGCGGGGGCCGUGGCCACAUUACCUCAGCGGGAGGGGGCAGAGCUGGGACAGGCAGCUAAAAUGAGCAGCUCCCAAGAAUCACUGCUCGACUCCCGGGGCCAUUUGAAAGGAAACAAUCCUUACGCAAAAUCUUACACCCUGGUAUAACAGACAGCAUGACUGGACCGCGGUUGUAAAUACAAUUCAAACAAUUCAAUCAAAGCUACCUUUUUUUUACGGAAUUCCAAUAUUUAUAAUUAAAGAAAAUUGCCAAAAUAUAUUAAAAAAAAAAAAGAGAAAAUACUGAAACCACAGACAGUGCAAAGACUCUCCUGCUUUUUUUCUGUCUGAGUGUGAGCUCCAUCCGCCUGGGCAUCUGAUUUUUUGGGAAAGAAGUCCAGUUUUAUGAUCUUCACAGGCUACUGCAUUUUUACUGAUUUUCUACAAAAGUGCAUGGGGGGAUUAAUUAAACCUUCUGACUGGAAGUUCUAUCACACAAGAGGCAAGAAAGAAAACAGGGUGGGGGGAAAUUAGCCUAUUUGUGAAUUUAAAAGGAACACCGAUUUGUGGGCAGGGGAAAACCUCAGUCACCUUUGCACACCUUUCUUUCCCAUUAGAAACUGGGUUCUCAAUUUGGUCUUCUUUUGUUGUUAAUUAGGAUGAGUGCCGUCAGUGAAGGGGUGGGGGGAAUCAAUUUGGUUUUCUUUUUUGUUUCUUUUUUAAUUUAAUGAGACACUCUUUGCAUUUUGUCUAAGCGAAAUAAAAAAGAAAAGGUUGUCUGCCUUUAUUUCCAUGUCUACUUCUCUCGUCUUCUUCUACCAAUGGCCUAGUCCUGCAACUGGUACUUCUGUUUGGAAUACCAGGCCUGAACCCAGAGCCCAGGUCAAUAAACCAGAGUCAAUACUAACACCCUGAACUCCUCAGGAAUCUCCGGGAAGCACAAAGAAGGUGCAGCUCCUGCUCUCAAGCUGGAGAAGACAAAAUGCAGACGGGCCUCCACCGCAACCAGGGCGGUCCAAGUAUUCGAAGCCCCCUGCCCACAGCAAGGGUUCAACUGCCUGUGGCCUAUGGGCCAAAUCCAGCCUCCUGCUGUUUUUUUAAAUAAAGUUUUAUUGAAACAAGGCCAUAUACACUAUUUGCUAUUGUCUAUGGCUACUUUCAUGGCACAAUGGUAGAGCUGAAUAGUUGCAAUAGACAUGGCAUAGCCCAUGAAACCUGAAAUAUUUAUUUCCUGGCCCAUUACAGGAAACGUUUGCCAAACCCUGCUCUGGAGCCUGACAGGCAGCCCCAGCGUGCGUGAGAAGGAGCAAGAUGGUGCAUCCUACCCUCAUGACUUUUCCUAUCUCCACCAUGCUUGGCAUCCAAAUUUGCGAUAGACCAUCUCAAUAUACAUUGCCACCAGUGCACUACUCUGUAACCAGAGGAAAGUAAUGUUCCUCUAAAAUCUAAGUUUUUAGUUUCCUUUCAGCUUAUCUCCCAUGUGGCUCAUCCUAAGAAAGAAUUUACUCAUAAAUAGUCUGAACUGCAUUCUCUAUCCCAUAACCUUCACACGGUGUGCUUUUGAAAGAGUAUGUAAUCCUCCCCUGGCUCCAGCCUCCAUUCCAGGCUCACUUCCAUCAAAGGGAAAGAUAACCAGGUCUUCAUGUCAGGGAUGUGUCAUUAACCAGAAAUCCUGAUCAAACCUUCAUAGCUGCUCAGUCUCCCAGGCCGAAGAUUCUCUACAGGCUUCCAUUAAGGCCACCAACAUAGACUGGUGCCAGUUAUUACCAUCUUGGGAAAGUAUUCAGAAAUGUCUUUCUUUCUCUCCCUCCUACCCUCCUUCUUCCCCAUCCUUUCUUCCUUCUAUUUAUUUUCCAGGCAGGCCCAUUUGCCUGCUUAGAUUCAGUGACACAGAAUGGGUCCAGGACCAUGUCAAGACCACCUGCUGGCACUAGUGUUAGAUGGCUCCAUGAAUGUGAGAUGUACAUUCAUGGUUUCAGGAUUUAAUCCGUGUUGAUGUGUACUAUUUAUAUACUCACAGAUGGUUUUUUUUUCUUAUGCAAAAGAAAUGAAAUGCUACUUUCUGGGGGAAAACAAUUAAAAGUCUAUCUUUCAUCAACCUAAAACUUCUAUAUUCCCCAAACUUAGAAGUUUAUCUUUUUAACAUUUUUCUCUCAAGCUGUACAAAAAUAAAAAAAAAAAUUCUACAUUA